UACACUCUACCAUAAUGAAAGCUUGUUAUACAGAAAAUGGAAUAUUGUGUGUAAUAUCAUAAAAAACAAAAUGUGCAUUACAUGCAUGAUGAUACUGAUAACACUUUAUUUGGAAUAGCAACAUAAGGGCUUUAGACCUCUUUCAUAACUACUGAGUGAUGUAGUUACUAAUCAUAAUAAAUCUCAGGAUGAAGCGUGCAGAAUCUCCAGAGUCCAGAUCUGUGUCCAUAAAGACGGUCCAAUCCAUGUCUGAACCAAUCAGCUCCAGUGGAGGAGGAGCUUCUGACUCAAGCAGGACUGAAGCUGAAACAGCAGCUUCUUCAGGAUCAAGCUGUGUGUCUAUGAAGAGUGACUGGUCUUUAUCUCAUCCUCCUGAUCUUAGCGAUGGACCUGAACCUUCUGAUCAAAGAAAGGUAUUCACAGAAGCAGCACUGCAGGAGAACAUACUGUGCAUGGGAACUAGAGACCAGCAGCAGAACUCUUCCCAACCUAUGGAUGAACUUCUGCACAGAGUCUCAACGAGACACAAAACCAGCCUGAAGAACAAGUAUGAGAACUUAUUUGAGGGAAUCAAAGCUCCAGAGAACAGAACCCUCCUGAACAGGAUUUACACUCAGCUCUACAUCAUAGAGGGAGAGAGUGAAGGGGUGAAUAAAGAACAUGAGGUUCUACAGAUGGAGGAAACACAAAGGAAAUCCUUACAGGACUCUCCAAUCAACUGCCUAGAUAUAUUUAAACCUGUACAAGCUCCUAAAGAAGGAUCAGAAGAAGAAAACAUUAGAGGAGUGAUAGCUGAAGAUGUUAGGCACAAAGAAAGAAAAGGAAAUAAAGAACCAAAAGUUCAGAAGGUCAGAACAGUGCUGACUAAAGGCAUCGCUGGAAUUGGAAAAACUGUCUCUGUUCAGAAGUUCAUUCUGGACUGGGCUGAAAAAAAGGCCAAUCAGGAUGUAGAUUUCAUGUUUGUUCUUCAGUUCCGGGAGCUGAACUUGAUUAAAGAUGAUCAGUACAGUCUUCAUGAACUUCUGUGUGUCUUUCAUCCUGAGCUCAAAGAUCUGGAUCCAAAGAUCUAUGAUGUGUGUAAAGCUGUGUUUAUAUUUGAUGGUCUGGAUGAAAGCAGAACUUCGCUGGAGUUUGAAGAGUGUGAGAAAGUGUCUGAUGUAUCCUUGACAUCAUCAGUGAGUGUUUUAAUGACAAACUUGAUCAAAGGAGAUCUUCUUCCCUCUGCCCACAUCUGGAUCACCUCCCGACCAGCAGCAGCCAAUCAAAUUCCUCCUCAGUUCAUCAACCGUGUGACAGAAAUUCAGGGGUUUACUGACCCACAAAAGGAGGAGUACUUCAGGAAGAGGAUCAGUGACCAAGACCAAGCCCAGAAAAUCAUCUCCCACAUUAAAACAGCGAGGAGCCUCCACAUCAUGUGCCACAUUCCCGUCUUCUGCUGGAUCUCAUCCACUGUGCUCCAGAGAAUCAUGGAUCAAGACAGUGAUACAGAAAUCCCUAAAACUCUGACUGAAAUGUACUCCCACUUCCUGCUCACUCAGAUCAACAUGAAGAAGGAGAAGUAUGAGGAGAAAGAUGAGAGAGACACACAGAAACUGCUGGAAUCCAACAGAACCAUGCUUCUGAAACUGGCUGAACUGGCGUUCAAUCAGCUGAUGAAGGGCAAUGUGAUGUUCUAUGAGGACGACCUAUUGGACAGCGGCAUUGACAUCACUGAGGCCUCAGUGCAUUCUGGGAUUUUCACUGAGAUCUUCCGGGAGGAAUGUGUGAUUUACCAGCGAAAGGUCUACAGCUUUGUUCAUCUGAGCUUCCAGGAGUUCCUGGCAGCUCUCUAUGUGCUUCACUGCUACCAGAACCAGAACACGAAAGUACUGGAGGUCUUUAAAGCAUGGUGCCUACAGUGGUCUGAGAAUGUAAAACUGGAGGAGCUGCUGUGUGGAGCUGUGCAUAAUGCUGUGCACAGUAAAAAUGGUCAUCUGGAUCUUUUCCUCCGUUUCCUGCUGGGAAUCUCACUGGAGGCCAAUCAGAGAAUCCUACAGGGUCUACUGACACCCACACACACCAACUUAGAGAAAACCAUAGAAUACAUUAAUAAAGUAAUCAAAAACUAUCAUGGCCUUUCAAUGGACAGAUCCAUAAACUUGCUCCUCUCUCUGUCUGAAAUUAAGGAUCAGUCUGUCUCGAGAGAGAUUCAGGAGUAUCUAAAAUCAGAGAAAGUUUCACAAGUGAAGCUCUCUCCUGGACAGUGUACAGCACUAGCCAAUAUGAUUCUGAUCUCAGAGGAGGUUCUGGAUGAACUGGACCUAAAGCAGUACAACACAUUCAAAAAGGGUCACAGCAGACUGGUUCCAGCAGUGAGUGUCUGCAGAAAAGCCUUACUAGCUGACUCUAAUCUCACUGAGGAAUCCUGUAAAAUUAUCUCAUUUGCUCUACAAUCAGUAAACACCCCUCUGAAAUAUCUGGAUCUCAGUAACAAUGACUUACAGGAUUCAGGUGUGGAGCUGCUCUCUGCUGGACUGAAGAGUUCACACUGUAAACUGCAAACACUCAGGCUAGCUUUGUGUAAUCUUAACGAAAAAACUUGUGAAAUACUGGCAUCAAUUCUACAAUCGGUAAAUGCCUCUCUGGAAGAUUUGGAUCUCAGUAAUAAUGACCUGCAGGAUUUAGGAGUGGAGCUACUCUCUGCUGGACUGAAGAGUUCACACUGUAAACUGCAGAUUCUCAGAUUGUCUGGUUGUAUGGUUACAGAAGAAGGCUGUUCUUCUCUGGCUUCAGCUCUGAAAAUAAACCCCUUUCACAUGAGAGAACUGGAUCUGACCUAUAAUUAUCCAGGAGAGACUGGAGUGAAGCUGCUCUCUGAUUUAGUGCUGGAUCCACAUUGUAAACUGGAAACACUCAGGAUGGAACAUGGAGGGAAGAGUAGGAUGAAAACAGGAUUAAGGAAAUAUGCCUGUUAUCUCACUCUGGACCCAAAAACUGCACAUGCUCGUCUGUUUCUGUCUGAGGGGAACAGGAAGGUGAAGUCUGUGGAUGAAGAUCUGCCGUAUCCGGAUCAUCCGGACAGGUUUAAGUUCUGUGAGCAGGUUCUGAGUGUGGAGAGUCUGACUGGACGCUGUUACUGGGAGGUUGAGUGGGGUGGUAACAGGGCUGAUAUUGGAGUUUCCUACAGAGGAAUCAGCAGGACAGGUGGAUCAGAGUGCUGGUUUGGAAACAAUAAACUGUCCUGGAGUCUGCUCUGCUGGGGCGAUCGUGAUUUCAGUCACUACGUCCGACACAAUACUUCAUAUCAUUCAGUAGGUUCCCCUCCCCUCUGGUCCCGCAGAGUGGGGGUUUAUCUGGACCAUCCGGACGGUGCUCUGUCCUUCUACAGCGUCUCACCUGAUACCGACACACUCACUCGCUUCCACACAUUCAGAACCACCUUCACUGAGCCGCUCUACGCCGGGUUAAGAGUUUAUCAUCACUUAUCAGUGUGUGAGAUAGAAUAGUGUGAAUGUACACAUUAUUUUGACUGAGUGUAUUUUGAAAUCGUUUUUUUUUUUGGUAUAUCACAAUGAAACAAAACUUUGGAGGUUAUUUAGUCGCAUACAAGCCAGUGUGUUAUCAGCUCCAAAUGAACAAACUGUUACGUUUUCACAGUCCAUUUAGCAUAUGGCAGAUUUUUUUGGAAUUACAAAAAAUGGACAAAGGAAUGGACAAAGGAACUUGCAAAAAAUGAACCGGCUACAAUGAAAAAUAAUUGUUAUGAUGGAGAUAUUGUCACUGUGGUGCACCCCACAGCUCCUAAUAGUUCAUGAAUUUCUAGCAAAGUGUUACUAGUUAGUAUAUAUUGGAAGACCUGUUACUAAACCGUUUCAGAUCUUGGAACACCGAAAUCAACAAUUGUUCAUGAUUUAAGAAAGCAAAAGUAAAUAAAACAGUACUUUGAUUAGAAAUAUGAGUCGCUUGAUUGAUGGAUAAUUUGUAGGGGAAUGUAAGUUAUAAUAUUAUGCCUCUGCAUUAGUCCAAGCUCAGUAACCAAAGACGAAAUAAAUCAUGGGUAAAUAUUGGUAGUGAAUUUGACAAAUGGAGAAUACUAGGAGCCCAGAAGGACUACAAGACUGGCUAUUUUUCUCCUGAACAGGACACUAAGCUAAUUUAGUCAGGUAAUUUAUCACAACCACUAUGUUAGCUUGUAUCUUAUUACUACCUCAGUUGUAGACUCUAUAUUCACUUUUUUUUUUUACCUAAGCAUAUGAUUAUAUGUUGAGCGAUUUCUUACAUCCAAAAUAGGUAGCGGUAGAUGGUGCUAAUUGACAUUUCAAGCAACUGGUUAUCUGUAACUGAGAUUUAGAUCAGGCUGUAGAUUUAUUUUAUCUGUUAAAAUAAACGAUUUAUUACUGGCGUAUGUAAAAGUAGUAGCUCCAAUUCUAAGGUGUGUAUCGUCAGAGCAGUGGGCUAUAACGGAAGUAGUAGCUAGCAGUACACUAAGCUAGCUAGAUAACUGCGGACAAAGUUAUAUAAAAUCCGCAUGAGCUUAUUUAUAACAUUUCUUUUAGGUUUAUUGCACUUAGGCUGCACUUAAAAGGGUGACACUGAAGACAACCCCUUUUACAACCCAUUAUUUUUUAACUGAAUAAUUUAUAGGGAUAUUUUUUACUCUAAUGUGGAAACAUUUUUGGUACGUCACUAUGACACAAAGCUUUGGAGGUUAUUUGGUGGCAUACA